ACUGAUCACAUGAUUUUGACAUCAUCACAGGUCCUACACCACCAGCAUCUCACAAACACAAGGAAGUUCCUGGUCGGGGAGUGAGGAGAUUACAUGAGGAGGAGGACUAUCCCCUCCAGCUGAUCCAGUUGUCUCCUCUUCUCCUGAAUGACCCCCAAGGAUGGACAAGGACAGGAAUGAGAUGACUAAGAGAAUAUUACACUUCACCUUGGAGAUCCUCCACCUGCUGACCGGAGAGGAUUACACCAUAGUGAAGAAGACAUGGGGGGAGUGUGUGGCCCCCAGCAGCCAUCUCCAUGAGUCAGGAGGACGGAGCAGGGCCCGGGGCCCCAUCAUGGAGCCUCCACCUCACUCACUGAUACAUGAGGAGAAGAUCCUAGAACUCACCCACAGGAUCACUGAGCUGCUGACUAGAGAGGUUCCUAUAAGGUGUCAGGAUGUGGCGGUCUAUUUCUCCAUGGAGGAGUGGGAGUAUGUAGAAGGACACAAGGAUCUGUACCAGGACAUAGUCAUGAUGGAGGAUCACCGGCCCCUCACAUCACAAGAUGGAGUCAUUGAUAGAAAUCCACCCGAGAGGUGUCCCUGCCCUCUGUAUUCCCAGGACUGUCCAGAGGGAAAUGUCCCAGAGAACCAUCAGGGGGGAGAUCUGACUAAUAAUAAAGUGGAGGAUGAAGAAGAGAGGAUGAGCGGCCAUCACCUGUGUAUGAGGGAAGUGAAGGAGGAAAUUCCAGGAGGUGUUAUCCCAGAACGUCCAAGGAAGAACUCCGAGGGAAACGUCAUGUUAUCUCUAAAUAUUAAAGUAGAAGAUGGAGAGAUCAUGGAGCGCUCCUCCGGAGAAGAUGGAGAGAUCAUGGAGCGCUCCUCAGGAGAACAUGGAGAGAUCAUGGAGCGCUCCUCAGGAAAAGACCUCCUUACCCCUAAUGUCCAUCCAGAUCUAUCCUAUAAUAAUCCUCCUGAUCAUGAGGAACCUUCUCUUUACCUCCCACAGACAGUUACCACAUGGAUGGGUCAGGAAGGGAAAGGAAUCAUCCAGUUUGAUGUAACACAAUGGAGAAGACAUGGAGAAGAGAAACCCUAUUCAUGUUCAGAAUGUGGGAAAUGUUUUACAAGUAAAUCACAUCUUGUUAGACAUGAGAGAUAUCACACAGGAGAUAAGCCAUAUUCAUGUUCAGAAUGCGGGAAAUGUUUUACACAAAAAUCAGAUCUUGUUACACAUGAGAGAAUUCACACAGGGGAGAAGCCGUAUUCAUGUUCAGAAUGUGGGAAAUGUUUUACAAGUAAGUCACAUCUUGUUAGGCAUGAAAGAAAUUAUACAAGGGAAAAGCCAUAUUCUUGUUCAGAAUGUGGAAAACGUUUUACAAUUAAAUCACAACUUGUUAUACAUGAGAAAUAUCAUGCAGGAGAGAAGCCAUAUUCGUGUUCAGAAUGUGGGAAAUGUUUUACACAAAAAUCUGAUCUUAUCAUACAUGAGCGAAUUCACACAGGAGAGAAGCCAUAUUCAUGUGCAGAAUGUGGGAAAUCUUUUAUACGUAAAUCACAGCUUGUUAUACAUGAGAGAAGUCACACAGGAGAGAAGCCAUAUUCUUGUUCAGAAUGUGGGAAAUGUUUUGUACAAAAAUCACAUCUCGUUAAACACGAAAGACGUCACACAGGAGACAAGCCAUAUUCAUGUUCAGAAUGUGGGAAAUGUUUUACAAGUAGAUCAUAUCUUGUUAUACAUGAGAGAAGUCACACAGGAGACUGAUAGGGAAAAUAAUAAUAGAAAUUUAAGAUCUCAGGUGAUGGAGAUAAAUGUGAUGUUUCUUUUUUGAUGAUUAAUUAACCAAAGAAUAAACCUUAUAAUAAACCUUAGCAGCAGCCAAACCCAACACCGGGGGUCAUGUGACCUAUGUAGGUAAAUAAGGGUAAUGAGAAGUUAUAUGUAAUGUUUUUGUGUAUCAUUUAGUAGUGACUGAGCUCUAUACUACAGUAUGAUUGGAGAUUUUCCUAUUCUUGGUGCUGGAAAAAACAGAUUUUAUUAAAGACAGGAGGCUCACAUUGUGCAGUAUCUU